AUUUUAGUUGCAAUUGCUUCAAUCCGCACAACAAUUCAUACUUGCAGCUUCAAGAUUUCUUCAACCAUCAAGUAAAGGUUCAAAACCAAGAUCCAACCAAGGAGGUUGUCAAUGAAGCGUUCCUACUGUUAGCAUAGCUUCAGUUUCUAAUCCACAUGGAUUUAACAAGCUUGCAACGGAGGUAGAAAACUAUUUUGCUCGCGAGAUUUCAGAUGCAUCCUCAAGUCAAGAAAAUAUUUCUCCUCGUGUAAUCACUAAGGAAAUUGGUGAUGCUUCUAAGAAUACGACCGAGUUGUGGUCAAGGCUAGUCAUCUUGCAUUUCCAAAAGCUUCUAAAUUUAGUGCUGAUAAAGUGAUCCAUGAUGGUCAUUCAAAACUUGUCAUGACUUUAUGGGAGAGCAUUCAACCAAAAUUUGUCAAAACUCCUUUCGAUCAAGUUUCUUCUCUCACUACUGAGGUUCAAAAAGUUCUUGCUGUAAUAGAAGGGGUCGAGACUGUAGAUUCAUCCUCAUUGAGGAACAUGGUUCAAGAAUACUUUGGACAAGUUCACAAAUUUAUUGACCUUGAAUCAUCCUUUAGUAGUGCGUCUACAAAAAAUCAAGACGAGAAACUUCAAAAACUAGUUAUUCGUCUCAAGGAUGAGGAGUCUCUUAAGAGAAAAUUUGUUGAGGAGGCCAAUGGUUUGAAAGCUGAGUUAACAAAUCUUCAAGAGGAAAUAGAUGCCUUAUGUCGCAAGAAGGGUGAAAUUGAGUCUUCUCUUAAAGCAAAUAAAAAAGAGGUGAAGAUGAGGGAAGUUAAUAUUUUCGAUAUUAAUGAAGAGAUAACUUCCAUCAAGUCCUCACCUACUUUGAGUGAAAGCGAAGUUAAUUCCCUAAAAUUGUUGCGGAAUAUGUUGGAAUCUUCUCGAGAAGAACUAAACAAUUUCAAGUGGAAGCCUUGA